CUAGCCAAAGACAGUCUCGCAAAUGGAUAUACACAGUGCUUGGCUCGAUCAAUGCUCGCCGCCACAAAAUGAGGUCACAGCGCUUGCUUGAUACGAACUCCACCAUGCUGCCGUGCCCAACAAUACAUUUUCGAGCUCACCGAUCCCCAGGGUUUUCUCGCCCUCUAUACACCCGUACCCAACCCACUUGCCUCUUUCUUCUUCAAGUUUCUACGCCAUUGCAUUUCUUACAUUGCACUCAUUCUCACCAUGGGUAUUCAGACAGUCGAGUUCAAGUCCUUUACGGACCAGAAGCCCGGAACCUCGGGUCUUCGAAAGAAGGUCAAGGUCUUCCAACAAGCCCAUUACAGUGAAUCCUUCGUCACCAGCAUUCUCCUGUCCAUUCCCGAGGGCGUUGAGGGUUCUUUCCUCGUUAUUGGUGGUGAUGGCCGAUUUUACAAUCCCGAAGUAGUUCAAUUGAUUGCCAAGAUCGGCGCUGCGUAUGGUGUCAAGAAGCUCCUGAUCGGACAGAAUGGUCCCACCCAAGACUUCGGUAUCAAGUACAACCUCGCCAACGGCGGUCCUGCUCCCGAGAGCGUUACCAACAAGAUCUACGAAGCCUCGAAGACUCUCACAUCCUACAAGAUCGCCGAUAUCCCCGAUGUCGACAUCGCGACUGUUGGCACCAAGACAUAUGGCGACCUUGAGGUGGAGAUUAUCGACAGCACGGCCGACUACACCGAGAUGCUGAAGGACAUUUUCGAUUUCCCCACGAUCAAGAAAUUCUUCACCUCCAACCCAGACUUCAAGGUUCUCUUCGAUGGUCUGCACGGUGUCACAGGUCCUUACGGCAAGGACAUCUUCGAGAAGGAGCUGGGUCUGACGGGAGCGACACAGAACUGUGUGCCAUCACCCGAUUUCAAUGGUGGACACCCUGACCCUAACCUCGUCUACGCCCACUCCCUGGUGGAGAAGGUUGACCAGGACAACAUUCCCUUCGGCGCUGCUUCUGAUGGUGAUGGUGACCGAAACAUGAUCUACGGUGCCGGUGCUUUCGUCUCGCCCGGUGACAGCUUGGCAAUCAUUGCCCACCAUGCCCAGUUGAUCCCCUACUUCAAGAAGCAGGGUGUUUACGGUCUGGCCCGCAGCAUGCCUACGUCAGGAGCUGUUGACCUCGUCGCCAAGGCUCAGGGACUGAACUGUUACGAGGUCCCCACUGGCUGGAAGUUCUUCUGCGCACUCUUCGAUGCUGACAAGCUCAGCAUCUGCGGCGAGGAGAGUUUUGGUACUGGUAGCAACCACGUUCGUGAGAAGGACGGUCUUUGGGCUGUUGUGGCCUGGCUCAACAUCAUUGCUGGUCUCGGUGAAGCCAACCCCGGAUCCAAGCCCAGCAUCAAACAAAUUCAGCAGGAUUUCUGGAACACUUAUGGCCGAACCUUCUUCACCCGCUACGACUACGAGAAUGUCGACUCUGAUGGCGCCAACAAGGUCGUCGGUGUUUUGAACGACUUGGUCGCCGACCCCAACUUCAUCGGCAGCAAGAUUGGAGACCGCACUGUCACUGAUGCGGGCAACUUUUCGUACACAGACCUCGACGGAUCCGUUUCGUCCAACCAGGGCUUGUAUGCCCGCUUCUCAUCCGGCAGCCGCAUUGUCGUGCGCCUGUCUGGCACUGGUUCCUCCGGUGCCACCAUCCGUCUGUACAUCGAGCAGUACACCGACGACAAGUCGAAGUACACCUUGGACGCACAGGACUUCUUGGCGCCUGAGAUUAAGUUCGCCACUGAGUUGCUCAAGUUCAAGGAGUUCGUUGGACGUGAUGAGCCUGAUGUCAAAACGUAAAAUAGGGGUACCAUACCAUGGGCGUCUGAGCCGGCCAGCCAGCC